UUGUAGUGACUGUGAUUGUAGAUUGAAUCUAUUUUCUAUACUUAUUUUGAAAAUUCCUGUUCAUCUGUGUAAAUCAGAGUUGUUUUCGUUCAAUUAUCAUACAAAUUCGCGCAUAGUGCUUCGGAUUUGUUCUCUCUUUUGAUGAAAUUGACCACUGGGAACAGAAUUUUGUAGACUAGGAUUUGUGAAAUUUGUUUUCUGUGUCAGGCAAUGUAUCAUUCACUUCCGAUGCGGUAUAAGAGAGUUGUGGAUCUUCAUAACAUGCUUGGAGGAGAGAAUCAUCAUCAUCUCCGUUAGCAUCACCUUCGUUCUUCAAUUUCUGAAGAAAUGGAGCUGAAACCAGGUCUCUCAAUUCUCGUCACCGACGGAGCUUCUAGAAUUGUUUGUAAUUAGAUAUCAAUAUGGAUUCUGGAACGAGGGGUUCUGUACUUGUUGCGUUAUUUCUCUAGUCGGCUUUCAAGGCCCGCAAGAACGAUAUCUCAAUCAAGACUAAGCUGACGGUGUGUGAAGGGCGCGACGGAACUGAAUUCGCUGACGGCGAUGUGUUGAUUUUCCUGGAUAUGAUCAAAUACCGGGGCUUGAAAGAGUCAGAUGUUGAUAGCUUUGUGGAUGAUGUUAUCGUGAAUGAUAAACCAUGGGCAUCUGAAGCACAGGAGGUCUUGACUGGUUCUCACAUUUUUGUGUGUGCCCAUGGUAGUCGAGAUCGUAGAUGUGGUGUUUGUGGACCUGUUCUCAUUGAUAAAUUCACAGAGGAGGCUGAAUUGCGAGGACUGAAGGAUCAGGUGUUUGUUAGUCCAUGUUCUCACAUUGGGGGCCACAAGUAUGCUGGGAACUUGAUUAUCUACAGCCCUGGUGCCAAUGGAAAGAUCACUGGUCACUGCUGCUAAUGCUAGAAAAAUUCUGAAAAGAGAGAGGUUUAAGAUGACAAUAUACAAACCGGAGAGUGGGAAUGUAAACAUCUGCAAGCAGUUCAAGUUAUACCAUUCAGGUCUGGCUUUCAGCCUGAAAUUGUGACCUUAAGGGAUGAAUCUAAUGGAGUAAUAAGAAGCUCGUGAGGGGAUCUUGCAAUUUGCAAAUGCUACUGAUUGUCUUUUGUCAUCUUCUUGGAAUUAGUUAUAUAUUUAAAAAGUUCAACCAAGGUUCUUAUCAAUAAAUAUGCAUCAUCUAUUUGAAUUACAAUGCAUUAGUUUUCAUAACUCCAUCAUUGAUUUAGGGAAAGUAAAACUAUUUAAUUCUUCUACCAGUUUAGCUGUAUAUGUUAGGAGUUGCUUCCAGUUUUCAGGUAUGGCAAACCUGUCUUU